UAAAUGCAGAAGAAAGAAUAAACGAAGCAAUAAUAAUUCCGCUGAAGUGUUAAGUGAUAUAUCAGUUUUAGAGUCAAGGCCGUCUACAUCUGCAGCAUCAAAUAAGUCUAGCCUGUCUGAUGAUAAUGAGCAAGAUGGUUUAAGCUUUAUUAGUGAUUCUUUUUAUUCGUCAAUUGUUCAGUCAACUGCAAUGACGAUGCAACAGCAAACAUCUAUUUCUAAAUUUGUUACUACAACAACAAGUAAUCAGAAGGAUGAACCGGAUUUACAAGUUGCAAGAUUUUUCUUUUCAGCAAAUAUACCAUUCAACGUAGUAGAAAAUCUUGAAUUUACCAAGCUGCUUAAAAAACUUAGAUCUGGAUAUGAGCCACCAAAUAGAAAACAGAUAUCUUCAGAACUCUUAGUAAAGAUAAAUGAAGAAGUAAUCAAUUUAAUGAAAAAUGAUCUUGCUGAUGAUAGUGCUGUUACCCUAAUUCAAGAUGGUUGGAGUACAUUCAGUAAUGAUCCUAUAAUUGCUCAUAGCAUCCAUAGUAAAAAUAAACCUUAUCUCAUUUCUGCAACUGACACUGGAAGCCAAUCAAAAACAGCAGAAUAUUGCGCUCAAGCUGCUAAGGAUGCAAUUAAAAUUGCUAAAGAAACGUUCAAUAAAGAUGUAUUUGCAGAAUGCACUGACAACGAAAAUAAAAUGUCUAAAAUGAGAAAACUUUUGCAGGCUGAAGCCCCUAAGUUGAUAACAUUUGGUUGCUCUGCUCAUUUUUUAAAUUUGGUUGAAAAGGAUGUCUCUCCAAAGUCUAUAGUAAAGCAUAUUAUAGUAAUUCAUAAAUAUUUUCGUAAUCAUCACCAACCACAUGUAUGUAUUAAAUUCUUUACUUAUUGAUCAUAUUCUGUAAUACAAUACUAUGAAAUAACACAGCUGUGUUAAUGAUAUAAGCCUAAUGAUAAUGAUGGCAAAAGAGAUCCUAGCUUUAUUUUAACAAAAUUAUUUUUUAAUAUUUCUUUGUUAAAUUUUCUUAAAUAAAUUUAUUAUAGGGUUGGUUAUUGGAAAAAGGUGGACUGAUGCCACAGCUACCUAAUGAUACUCACUGGAACUCCCAACUAGAUUGUUUACAGACAUACAUAUCUAAUCAUUCUCUGUACGUUGACAUUAGAGGUGAGCAUAUGGAAUCCAUUGAUCCUUCGAUAGGAAGCCUAAUUGACAAUCUAUCAAUACAGAGAGAAGCAAUAAAUUUAUAUGCACAACUGAAAAUUGUUGGUGUUGCGUUAGAUAAGUUGCAAGCAGACGAUACAACUUUGUCUGAAGCAGUUGAGAUUUGGCAAAGCCUCAUACAUAAUGAAAAAUUGGCUUUGUACAAAGAUGAUAUUUUAAAGAGGUUCAAGAAGGCAAUUGUUCCAUGUCAUUUUCUUGCCAAUUUAACAGAUCCAAAAUAUGAAGGAAGAACAUUGGAUAGAAGUCAAGAAGAAGAAGCUGAGGAAUGGUUGAAUGAAGUCUAUCCUGAAUUUAUGCCAGGCUAUUAUGCGUUUAAACUAAAAGAUGCUAAUUGUUUCCCAACAUAUUUAUUCAACGAUAGUGUUAAAAGCACAACAUCAGCAACAAAUUGGUGGAGAAUUAUAGAAAUGAAAGAAUCUAAGUCUUCCAAAUUGCCUGCAAAUUUUGAAAAAUUUUUACGGCAGUUGCACACUUGUCCAGCUAGUACUGAAUCCAUAGAAAGAUUUUUCUCAUCUUUUGGGAUUAUUUGGAGCAAAAUUAGAAAUCGUUUAGGAAGAGAAAAAGCUGAAAUGCUUGUACGAAUUUACAGACAUUUAAGAUCAAGAUGCACAAUUGCUGAUGACUUUUAGAUUACUUUGUUUUAAAUGAUUAAGCUUGAAUAUUAUUGCUCCAAGUAAAAUAAAAUUCUUAUUUAUGACUUACUAAACUUCAUUUUUUGUUGUUAGUUGAGCAGCAUCAAAUCUUGUGUGUUAAUGGAAAUUGAUUUAUGAACAAAAAAAUUAAAAAUUAAAAAUUUAAG